AUGGGCGGUUUGACCUCUAACCUCUCCGGAAGGUCAAGCGACUCCCCUACAGCGGUAGGGCAGCGGCCUAGUUCGCAGGCACGGGGCGGCGCCGGGGGCGUGGCGUGGCGGCGCCGGGGGCGUGGCGUGGCGGCGCCGGGGGCGUGGCGUGGCGGCGCCGGGGGCGUGGCGUGGCGGCGCCGGGGGCGUGGCGUGGCGGCGCCGGGGGCGUGGCGUGGCGGCGCCGGGGGCGUGGCGUGGCGGCGCCGGGGGCGUGGCGUGGCGGCGCCGGGGGCGUGGCGUGGCGGCGCCGGGGGCGUGGCGUGGCGGCGCCGGGGGCCGGGGGCGGGGCGGCGCCGGGGGCGGGGCGGCGCGAGCGGCGGUCAGGCUAACUUGUGGUCAGUCCGUGGCGUGGGCGGUGUUCACGGUUCCCCCUUUCCAGGCCCGGUUCUGGCGCCGCCGCCAGCCUCUCGGUCCCUGAGCAGGUCCGGCCAGGCCGGGAGCGACACCGAGGCCCUGGCGCAACCACCGCCACCACCGCCGCCGCGGGCGCAGACCUCGCCGGGGCCGGUGAAGGUGGGCACCGCCCCUAACCGUCGCCUGGGCAGCGUCCGCGGAGUGCUUGUGUCUUCGCCGCCGGGGCGCCGGGCCCGCCUGUCGUCUCCCGGCACCGGCCGCUCGUCUUCUGAGGCCCGCGAGGAGCUGCGGCGCCGCCUCUUGGGCCUAAUCGAGGGUAACCGAGUGAUGAUCUUCAGCAAGAGUUACUGUCCGCACUGCACGCGGGUUAAAGAACUGUUUUCUUCUUUGGGCGUUCAGUGUAAUAUCUUGGAACUUGAUCAAGUUGAUGAUGGGGCCAAUGUUCAAGAAGUGCUGUCAGAAAUCACUAAUCAGAGAACUGUGCCCAAUAUUUUUGUGAAUAAAGUGCAUAUGGGUGGAUGCGAUCGAACUUUCCAGGCACAUCAGAGUGGUUUGUUACAGAAGCUCCUUCAGGAAGACUCAACAUAUGAUUAUGACCUCAUUGUCAUUGGGGGCGGUUCUGGUGGCCUUGCGUGUGCUCAGGUAUGAAAAUAAUGAAACUCA